GCUCUUUUGAUCGGUUGGAGAAGAUGGCGAUCUACGGAGCGAUCCGUACUAUCGUCGGUCUAGUAGGGAGUUUCUUCUCGUUGGCUCUUUUUCUGGCCCCUGCUCCCACAAUUCUGGAUAUCGUGGCGAAUCGCGCGGUGGAGGACUACUCGCCGUGGCCGUACUUCGCCACGUUCAUAAAUUGCCUUCUCUGGUUCUUCUACCGCCUCCCCUUCGUCCACCCCGGCUCCUUCCUCGUCCUCCCCGUCAACAUGUUCGGCGUCCUGCUCCAGUUGAUCUACAUCGUCGUCUUCAUCCUCUGCGCCAACAACCCCAACCAGCGACGGACACUUAUCGCAAUCUUCAUCCUGGAGCUGAUGUUCUUUGUGCUGGUGGUCGUGCUUGUGCUUUCCUGCGUCCGUUCCCAAGAGACAAGGUCCACCAUCGUUGGUAUCCUCUGCAUCAUUUUCGGUAUUCUCAUGUACGCCUCUCCUCUCAGUGCGCUGAUAUCUGUGACCCGGACCGAGAACUUGAGCUACAUGCCAUUAAUGCCGUCUUUGACGAACUUAGCCAACGGCAUUUGCUGGACGAUCUACUACUCUAUCAAGUUCAGCCUCUACAUGGUGAUCCCCAGCGCCAUCGGCAUUGUCAUCAGCGUCUUCGAACUCAUCAUCUAUGCCAGAAUCUACUUCAAAGUCCGGUACCCCAAGCCUCAACCUGAGACCGAGCAAGAACGAUGAGCGAGAGAUUGCAUUGGAUUUGUGCUGAUGGAGCUUUACUUUGAUUUUUCACUUAGGAACACGAAACAGAGGAAACCUGAUUACUUUGAUAAGAGCACUGAAUUUGGUGGAAACUUCGGCU